AUGGAUCAACUCCUUAAGGGACUGGAUGAAGAGGAGUUGUCUGGGGGGCACGGGAGAAGAAAAGGGGGUGUGGAAGGAGAGACAAGAGGCACAGAUACUUUGUGGGCCACACCGAGUCCAGCCCCCUGCAACUCUCCAGACCUGACCAAAUGGGACAAAAUCUUCUCCAUGCUGGAGAACAGUCAGAUGAGGGAGAACAUGUUGCUUCAGUAUGCAGAUGACAUUAUUAAGGUGGAGAUGGGGUCACUGCGUGGAGAAAUGCUCAGGUUUGUAGCGCAGUAUGGUGGCACCUGUGGGGUUGCAGUGGAGACAGCAGGAAGAAGGAUGGCCUUGCAGGUGGAGGGCCGCCUCAGAGAAACCCUGGAGCGCCUCAAAUCCAGAGAUCACACUUUUGCUGCUGCUGGGAAUUCUGUUGGGAAUUCUAACCACCUGGAGGCGAUGCUGCAGCAGCUCCUCUCCGCAGCACAAACACAAACUUCCCGACUCGCCAAGCUGGAGACCAGCUGCUUCAGCAGCCCAGGAGCUGGGAUGGGCAUGAAUUCAAAGACAGGAUCCCAGCUUCCAGAAGGCAGGCUCCAGGAGCAAAAGGUCACAUCACAAGAGGUGGCUUUAGACGGGGUGCUGGCUGCGCUGCAAGAGACGAGGGUGGAACUGUGGGAGGUACGGAGGUCAUUGAGGCAAAGACACCUACCCGCAGGUUGUGAGAUGGCGCUGCUCUUCCCCAUGCGUUCCCGUCGAAUCUACACCUCCGUCAUACCAGAUGUCCCGCUCUCCGUCUCCUCUUUUACUGUCUGCAUGUGGGUGAAGCCGACCACCGUCUCCAACAAAACUGUGCUGUUCUCCUACGGAAACCGCCGCAACCCAUAUGAAAUCCAGCUGCUGCUCGGUCAAACCUCUGCGCUCUUCACCAUUGGAGGAGAGGCUCACCUGGUGGAGGCACCGGGUGUGGUGAACCCAGGGGGCACAUCAGAGUGGAUCCACUUGUGCGGGGCUUGGUCGUCUGAGCAGGGCCUGGCGUCCCUGUGGGCAGCUGGGAAAAAGGUGGCCUCCACACCCGGAGUGGCUGAGGGACACGUCUUACCCGACGGAGGCUCACUCCAGCUGGGGCAGGAAAGGAACGGCUGCUGCUCUCCAUCUCCAAGCGGGGUGGCAGGGUUUGAGGGAGGGUUCGAUGCCAAGAUGGCGUUCACAGGGAAGAUGACAGGAGUGAACAUGUGGGACAGGGUGCUGUCAGAGGAGGAGAUUUCCCAGGUGGCUUUGCAGGAAGGCCAGGGCUGCAAGCAGAGGGGGAACAUGGUAGCGUGGGGAGUGACGGAGAUGGUGCCACAUGGAGGCGCUCAAUUCAUCAACUGAUUCAUAUUGCUCGUGGUGAAAAUUAGCAUCAGCGUCAUCAUAAUCCUCAUGGUGAAUAUCAGCAACAUCGUAAUAAGCUUUCAUGCUGAAACUGAGGAGAGCAACUUAAAAAAGCAACUGUUUUUAUUAUCUUUGCCCAUAUAGUUAAAUGUCUUAAUUAUUAUGAUAUCAUCAUGAACAUUAAUGCUGCAAUGAACUUUACCGGACAUGUGCAAAUGAGAGAAAGCCAAUGCUGUGAGAGACUGAAGUUUAUUUUUGUAACCUUUGAACUGACACCAUAACACACACACACACACACA